AUGCAGGUUUCCCCCCAUGCUGGUUUCCCCCAUGCUGGUUUCCCCCCAUGCAGGUUUCCCCCCAUGCUGGUUUCCCCCAUGCAGGUUUCCCCCAUGCAGGUUUCCCCCCAUGCAGGUUUCCCCCAGGUUUCCCCCCAUGCAGGUUUCCCCCCAUGCAGGUUUCCCCCCAUGCUGGUUUCCCCCAUGCAGGUUUCCCCCCAUGCUGGUUUCCCCCCAUGCAGGUUUCCCCCCAUGCAGGUUUCCCCCAUGCUGGUUUCCCCCAUGCUGGUUUCCCCCCAUGCAGGUUUCCCCACAUGCUGGUUUCCCCCAUGCUGGUUUCCCCACAUGCUGGUUUCCCCCAUGCUGGUUUCCCCCAUGCUGGUUUCCCCACAUGCUGGUUUCCCCCAUGCUGGUUUCCCCCAUGCUGGUUUCCCCCCAUGCUGGUUUCCCCCAUGCUGGUUUCCCCCCAUGCUGGUUUCCCCCAUGCUGGUUUCCCCCAUGCUGGUUUCCCCCAUGCUGGUUUCCCCCCAUGCUGGUUUCCCCCAUGCUGGUUUCCCCCCAUGCUGGUUUCCCCCAUGCUGGUUUCCCCCCAUGCUGGUUUCCCCCAUGCUGGUUUCCCCCAUGCUGGUUUCCCCCAUGCUGGUUUCCCCCAUGCUGGUUUCCCCCAUGCUGGUUUCCCCAGUGAAACCACUCCUCACCCUGAAGCUUCUAUCCCUGAAGCUCCUCGCCCUGAAGCUCCUCACCCUGAAGCUCCUCACCCUGAAGCUUCUAUCCCUGAAGCUCCUCGCCCUGAAGCUCCUCAUCCUGAAGCUCCUCACCCUGAAGCUCCUCAUCCUGAAGCUCCUCACCCUGAAGCUCCUCACCCUGAGCUCCUCACCCUGA